AUGGUCGGCACCCCGAGCUCCAGCAGCAGGAAAUCUCUAAACUGGAGCAGCGGCGGGGGCAGGCAGACUCACAGCUGGAAGAGCUUCAGAGAAGUGCGGGGCGGAGCCGAGUUCGACAUGACCAAAUGCAGCGGCGCCACGAGGAAGGAAGAAGCACUCGGAGACGUAGGAUCUCCGAGUACGGCAAGCAAAAGAAUGCUGUCUCUGCUACCGGUCAAGGUCUUCCCACAAACCCCGUCAAAGGCAUCCGAGGCAGCGUUUACCGUAACCGCAUAA